UGAACGGCUUGACCCAAACAUCCGCCAUGAAGCUUAAAGAAAUCUACAGGACGUCCACUUUUGCGUGGUCACCGACUGCGGCGCUCCCACUUAUCGCGACUGGUUCUGUUGCUGGCGCGCUCGAUGAGUCUUUCUCAAAUGAAUCUCAGCUCGAGAUAUGGCAACCAGAUUUCAUGGACAAGAACGAAUAUGAUCUCGGACGAGAUGGAUUGCCUGCCCCAAAGGGCGCGGUCACCGACAGCUCGAGGUUCAACCGUCUUGCAUGGGGUCAAGUCCAUAGAGACCGCUCACGCGGUGUCAUCGCAGCUGGCAUGGAAAACGGCGAACUUGCCCUGUGGGAUCCAGCAAAAAUCAUUGCUAAUGCCGAUGUUUCUGAAUCUCUGAUGCUUCGCAACACCAGCCAUACUGGUCCCGUUCGUGGCCUUGAUUUCAACCCCAUACAGACGAAUCUUCUGUCUUCUGGUGCCAUCAAUGGCGAGGUUUAUAUCUGGGAUCUCAAUGACCCGUCGAAGCCGUAUUCUCCUACGCCAGGCACACGAAGCACAAAGCUUGACGAGAUCACCUCUGUUGCUUGGAACCAACAGGUGCAAUACGUACUUGCGGGUGCUAGCAGCACUGGAUAUACUGUCGUAUGGGAUCUGCGAGGGAAACGUGAGGUGGUUGCCCUCGCAUACGGUGGUGGUGCGGGCACGCUUUCAGGCCAAACUGGAGUUGGUAGUGGAAUGGCCGUUGGUGGCAGACGCGGCAUGAGUGCCAUUGCGUGGCACCCUGACAAUGCAACGCGCCUUGUGACCGCAUCCGAGGAUGACCUGUCUCCCGUGAUCAUGGUUUGGGAUCUUCGAAAUGCACGCGCACCGGAAAAAAUCCUCACGGGGCACGAGAAGGGCGUUCUGUCGCUCUCGUGGUGCAAGCAUGAUGCAGACCUCUUACUUUCGUGCGGAAAGGACAACCGCGCCCUCUGUUGGAACCCGCAGACAUCUGAGAUCAUCGGCGAGCUCCCUUCUGCGGGUAAUUGGGCUUUCCAAGUGGAAUGGUGCCCACGAAAUCCAGAUCUUCUGGCGACUGCUUUCUUCGAUGGCACGGUUGGGAUCCACUCCAUUCAGUCUAUGAAUGACGCUACAGUCCCUCCUGCGACCCCAAAACCUGAUGGAACAGAUGUAUUUGACGACCCAGGCUACUCCCGUACCACGGCUCCAACGCUCAGUCUUAAACAACCACCUAAGUGGCUUCGUCGCCCAUCUUCCUGCUCGUUUGGGUUCGGUGGACAGCUCGUAAGCGUUAGCAACCUACCUGCUGCCUCAGGGAAGAACCAGAGCAGCGUCGUGCACAUCCGAAAGGUUAUCGCAGAGACGGAUAUUGUCGACCGGGCACGAAAGCUGCAACAAGCCGUGGACAAUGAUACCUUGAGCGCGUUCGCAGAAGAGCGGGUUAGCUCGGAGAAGGCUGGUGAAGAUGGCUGGAAGGCCCUUCUCAGUUUAUUCCGUGCGAAUUCGAGGGAUGAACUUGUCACUCUGCUAGGCUACUCUAAAGAGGAGGUCAAGGCGCGCGUCGAGGAAGCAGUUGCGAAGCUGAAGGAGAGUGUAUCAUUCAACACGUCCAGUUACAGCGUGGAUGAAGUCGGCGCAGAUGCUGCGAAACCUCACGAGCCAGUGGUGUCUUUUGCGGAACCAGAAGCACGAUACGAUGGCAGCGAAGAAGAUUUGUCGACAAUGGGUGCUGAAAAGACGCCCUCGGAGGUGAGCGCCAGCGUUGCAUCCGACGCCGUCCAAGUCACAGACGGUGAAUCUACGACAACUGCUCCAAGUCUCUUCGGUGAUGAAGGUGCCCUUGGUACACCCCAAAUGGAUGCGGGUGCUGACUUCUUUAGUUCAAUUGGCGCUGCAUCCGAACUCGAGGUGCCUCAUCUUAACUACGGUCUCGACUCGAGUGUCGCUGCCACCAUUGGGUCUGGUCCUUCAAGUAUAGCAAGCGAGAACCUGAAGAACAACACGUUCAGGAUCUACCCCUCUGACGAGAGUGAGACGGAUGGGUUGGUGACGAAAGCACUGGUGCUUGGCGACUUUGAGUCCGCUGUUUCGUUGUGUCUCUCUGCUGAACGCUAUGCGGACGCUAUCUUGCUCGCGAUCAAGGGUGGUGAAGAUCUUCUUCAGCGCACCCAGAAGGCUUACUUUGAACGGCGGACGACAUCUCAUCCCUAUCUUCGUCUGUUCCAGAGCAUUGUCACCAAUGAUCUCUUGGACAUCGUCCAGAACGCCGAUCUUCAAGAAUGGCAAGAGAUAUUUGUGGUGCUGUGUACCUUCGCGAGCCAGGAGGAAUUCUCGAACCUUGCGGAGCAACUUGGAAGCAGGCUGGAAUUCCAGAGCAGUCUGAUGCGUGAGGGCGAUGCAGAGAUCGAUAACAAUGCCCUCGAGUUGAGGAAGACGGCGACUUUGACAUACCUCGCCGCAGGAAGGCUGGAGAGACUGUUGAACAUCUGGAUCGAGGAGCUCGCCGAGGAGGAGGAGGAGUUAUUGGAUGAUCAAGAUCGGCUCAGCAGUUCGCGGUAUACAGCCCAUGCCCACGCUCUGCACACUUUCAUAGAGAAAGUGACCGUCUUCCGAGAUGCCACCAAGUACGUGGAUGGCGAUCUGGCACAGGUACCAGGUGAAGAUGCCGAUGCCAAGACGUACAAGCUCGGCGCAUUGUAUGAUCGCUACUUUGAGUAUGCGGACGUGCUCAGUUCUCAGGGUUUGGUGAAGGAGGCUGUUGCGUUUUUGAAGUUAACGCCGGCUGAUUACACGGGGUCUGCAUUGGACUGCGCAGGAGUCAGGGAGCGUCUAUUGAUGGCUUCUGGAGGGCGCACAGCUGCUCCAGUUGCAGGCACCGGCCGUGCUGCUCUUCCACCCGUCCCUGCACCUGCUGCUCCCACUGUGCCAUUGGGCUACGUCAACUACACGCCAUCUGCUCCAGCUGUCCCUACUCAGCCACGCUCAUAUGCGCCUGUUCAACCCGUCUCUCAGCCGUCUGUCUAUGAUCCAUAUCCUCUACCCGCUGCUGCCAGGCCAAUCCACCCCACUUCAGUUCCGUCCCAUGGUCCUGUCCCUCCCUCUGGCCCGCCAAAACGCAUGCAAAUCAGGGGCUGGAACGAUCCUCCAGUGAUGACCAAUGAUCGUUGUGCCCCGUCUUCGCUGAACCUCCAGAAGCCUCAGGCAAUCAUGUCACCCUUCCCCAAUGCUCCUUCUCCAAGAAUCGCGUCACCUCCUGCUCCUGGCCCUCCAUUCACAGGCCCUGGGCAUGGUCAUGGCCAGAACGCUCCACUUCCCCCUCCACCACGGCCAGCGAGCGUGCAGAGUCGGGCCCCUCUACCUCCUGCACAGCGGAUGAUGCACCCACCGCCUCCCCCUCAUGCUCGACCUCCCUCUGGACCCCCUGCUCAUCCACAGGGCAUGCAACCUCCCCAACACCGAUUAAUGUCUUCUCCCCAACAGCAUGCUCCUCUUCCGUCUGGUCCUGGUCCGUACUCGCCGUCCAUGCAACCUGCCCAGCUCCAACCUCCUGGUCCGUAUGCACGUGCCACUCCACCGCCUGGUCCUCCACGUGGCCCCGGGCAGCCUCUUGGCCCACCUAGACCAUACGCAACGCCUCCGCCUGGACAGGGUCCUCCCGCACCGCCGUCAGGUCCCUAUGCACCUCCUCCCGGCCAAGCUCAGCAACCACCACCAGGUCCAUACAUGCUUCCUCCUGGUCAAGUCCAGCAGCAACAGCCUCAUGAUCUUCCACAAGGUCCACCGCGAGUGGCUCCUGCGCCGCAUCCGCUUGCUGGCCUGCCUUCUCAGCAGGGACCUCCUGGAGCUGCAUCAGCCGGAGGUGCCGGCGCCGCGCAGCCUCCACGUUCUCGCCAAGGUCCACCGCCACCAAAAUAUCCCCCAGGGGACCGAGCUCAUAUCCCCGAGUCUGCAUUGCCCGUCUUCAAUAUCAUUAGCGAGCAAGUCAUACGGAUGAAGCAGACGACUCCACCGCAACAACGGCGAAUGGCGGAUGACCUUGAGCGCCGAACCAACUCUCUAUUCGAUGCUUUGAAUUGUGAAACAUUAUCCAAGCCUGUGGUUGACCAGUUGCUUGUCUUGGCAAGAGCCAUGGAGGCGCACGACAGAGAUGCUGCGUUGUCUAUCCAUGUCGAUCUUCUCACUCGUGGCUCGCAGACGGAUGACAUUGGCCUGUGGAUGUCAGCGAUCAAACAGCUCAUUAUUCGCAUGUAGACAUUUGUCCCGAGUCGGCUUGGAAUGUGUUGUUGUUCACUUUUUACUACCCACAGGACUAUUUAGAUUUGAUUUUGGUGUUUAGUAUCGGAAAAAAAGUUGAUUCACUAAUGUUGAGUUUUCUGAGCGA